AUGUCCAUCUCGAACGACCUCCCUCAACCUCCAUAUCCCUUGCAUGAGUCCGUCAAGGACCAGCUCGACCCAGAAUACGUUGACUUCUACAACAAGUACGUGAAAAACCUUCAACAGGUUCACCUGCAACCGGUAGACGCAUCGCGAACAAGUGGUGUCCUGAUCCCCGGCGGCGGCCCUCUUCUCGAAGUCGGGAAGACUGAAGAUAUCACCAUCAAGCGGCGAGCGACCGAGGGCCCGGAUAUCUUGCUUCGCAGCUUUACUCCCCGGGGAACAAAACCCGCCAAUGGCUGGCCGGUGAUGCUAUAUUUCCACGGCGGGGGUUGGGUGCUGGGGAACAUCCACACGGAGAAUCCGGUCUGUUCGAAUCUCUGCGUCCGGGGCAACUGUGUGGUGGUCACGGUGGAUUAUAGACUGGCACCGGAGAACCGCUGGCCAGCUGCCGUCCACGACUGCUGGGAAGCGCUCCUCUGGUUGAUAUCUGACGGGUCCUCGGUGCUCCCCAUCGAUCCCUCCAAGAUGGCCACGGGGGGCUCGUCAGCCGGCGGCAACCUGGCCGCCAUUAUCACGCACAAGGGCCUCACGCUCUCGCCGCCGGUCCGCUUCCGCGCCCAGCUACUCUCCGUCCCCGUCAUGGACAACACGGCUACCGUGGCGAACAACGAGUCGUACCGGCGGUACGAACACACGCCUGCGCUGCCCGCGGCCAAGAUGAUCUGGUACCGCGACCACUACCUCCCCAACGAAGCCGAUCGGACGAACCCCGAAGCGAGCCCGCUCUUCUAUGAGGACGAUUGGUCGCAACUUCCCCCGGCGCUAGUCAUGGUGGGUGAGCUGGAUGUCCUGCGCACGGAGGGGGAGCAGUAUGCGGCGAAGCUGAGGAAGGCGGGCGUCGAGGUGGAUCUGCAGGUGAUGAAGGGGAUGCCGCAUCCCUUUCUCGCGAUGGAUGGGGUGCUCACGGAGGGGAAGCGGUCGAUCACGUUGAUGUGUGAUAUGUUGAAGAGGGUUUUUGGGGAAUCAUGA